GACUCGUUAACUGUCAUGUGUGGAGCGGCAGGCUUGUGUUGGUGUUCAGUACUGGGGGAGAAGUGUCAGGUGUGGAGCGGCAGGCUUGUGUUGGUGUUCAGUACUGGGGGAGAAGUGUCAGGUGUGGAGCGGCAGGCUUGUGUUGGUGUUCAGUACUGGGGGAGAAGUGUCAGGUGUGGAGCGGCAGGCUUGUGUUGGUGUUCAGUACUGGGGGAGAAGUGUCAGGUGUGGAGCGGCAGGCUUGUGUUGGUGUUCAGUACUGGGGGAGAAGUGUCAGCGGCGGCGCUCACUGUUGCCUCCUGUCAAGUGAACCCGUGUCCUUUCCCGUACGAGAACUUCGGCACGGACCCGAUGGUGCCCAUGUGUAUAAAGUUCUACAUGACGGAGAAGGGGUUGUGGCACCACAUGAGGGCCCUGUGUCAGGCUGAAGGAGCCAACCUGGCCGAGCUGAGGAACGGUCUUCAUAACUCUGUGUACCAGUACAUCAUGCAGCAUCCAGAUCUCCAGGACGAAGGUUUCUGGAUAGGAGGAACUGACGAAGACCAAGAGGGAAACUGGACGUGGGUCAGUGAUGGCGCAGAUAUGAACAUUUUUAGCCCGGACUGGUACCCGGGCCAGCCCGAUGGAGGCUUGGACGAGAACUACGCCUGCAUCUACACUCCAGACUUCUACUUCCACAGCUGCGCAAACAAUAUCCUCAUCUACGCUCUCUGCCAGAUUUAAUUCUGAAAUAUACGAUUUAAACUGUUCGAAAAUUUUUGUUAUACAGAAUGUUUUUUUGUAUUCCGUCUUCCAAAUUGUGGCAAAUAUUCCAACGAAAUCUUAACUAAUUAAUACAUAUUAAUCACUAUGUUAUCAGCAAAACUGCUCAGGAAUAAUAACUUCUGCUUUUUUCCCACAUCGUGAUUGGUUAUAAGAUGGAAAACAAUGGAAAGUUUUAUGACUAAUUAUACUUCCGUUCACUUAAGUAUUUUUUGCUUCUUAAUAAAAUCUCCUGACGGAAGACAGAGUUUCACAAACACGCCACAAAGACAGCCUAGCAUGUUGUGUGAACAUUUUAAUAAAAUAGUUAUGUAUGUGUA